UUAACGAUUAAUUCAUUAUUUUGAAAAUGUUAGAAACGAAUUUCCAAUUAACAUAUAAAGUGAUCUUUAAUUAGACAUUAACAAACCAGAUUCAUUAUUGAGGCUUAGAAAAGAUUCAUCCAAGUAGGGAUAUAGAUGUGUCAAACACAGAGAAAGGAAAAGCAAAAGACACUUAAAACCGAGUAAGCCAAAACAAUCUUCCAAAACCUUCCAUGUUGUGAGUGAGAUUAAAGAAAACAAAAAAGAACUAAACUUUCUUCAACCCCUCAAAUGGGCAUGAUCAGAAAACGUUUCUCUCACCCCUUUCCAUUUCUCUUCACUGUUUUUUGGUUCCUUCUUCUUCAUCAUCCUAUGUCAGAAGCAGACAACACAAACUUGGUUUACAAGGGUUGUGCGGAUCAGAAACUGCAUGAUCCACCAUCAGGGAUAUACUCACAGAACCUCAAAGCCCUCUUGGUUUCUCUGGUGGCACAAUCAGCACAAAAGGGCUUCUCAACCACAACCUCAGGGAAUGGCCAGAAUGUGAUCAUGGGUUUGUACCAAUGUAGAGGGGACCUUUCAAACUCUGCAUGCUACAACUGUGUCAGCAAGAUUCCUUACAUGCUUGACAAGCUAUGUGGAAAAGUGGUGGCUGCUCGUAUUCAGCUCACAGGGUGCUACUUGAGGUACGAGGUUGUCGGGUUCAAGCAGGUACCUGAGACUCAGUUGCUUUACAAGGUUUGUGGGGCCAAGCAGGAGAGUGAUGGGUUUGAGGAGAGAAGGGACUAUGCGUUUGGCAUGGUGGAAAAUGGAGUGAAAAGUGGUGGAAACUUGUUUUACACUGGGAGCUACCAGUCUCUCUAUGUGUUGGGGCAGUGUGAGGGUGAUUUGGCCAAUGAUGAUUGUGGGGAUUGUAUGAAGAGUGCUGAGGAUCAGACCAAAGCUGAGUGUGGUGACUCAGAUUCUGCACAAAUUUAUCUCCAUAAGUGUUUUAUCAGCUACAGCUAUUACUCCAAGGGAGUGUCUAUCUUGUCAUCUUCUCCAGGUAGAGCAAUGGAGACAAUAUCUUCCUUCUCUUACUUUGAUGUAAUUUCUGUGAUUAUAAGAAGAUUCAUGCCAGUUUCUAUCUGUUUGUGGCUAUAUCACAACGAGCUCGUGGGGGGUUUCAACUAGUGAAAAAAAUGCAAUGUAAUGUAUUAUAUUACGUGUGUUUAUGAAUUGAUUUAUGUUCUUGUUAGUUCGAAAUCGGGGCUAAUUUGAGAAAGGGGUAGAGUAAAGGAUUCAUAGGGUGUUGGUAGGUGGAUGAAGAAUUGAAGAUGUCUUCUAUUUAAAAUUUACUUCUUGUUGCUGUGAUGCAUGUAUGCUAGUUGAAUCAGUUUCAUAAAACGUGUUUUGUUGUUGUGUUUGAUUGGAUCAGGGUCAGUGGGGCUACAACACACGCAGAGGACUGUGGCUCUUGCAGUGGGAGGGUUUGCAGCUUUGGGUUUCUUAAUUGUUUGUUUGUUAUUUCUCAAGUCAUUGUUGAAGAAAAAAGAUGGUAAGUAUUGAGAAUUGGACUUUGUAUAUCAUAUAUAUAUACACAAGUGGUUCAUAGACUACUUUUUAACAUGUUAGAUAAAUAUACUUGCAGACUUUGUAUAGCUUGGACGAAAAAGGGUUAAAAUUAAGAUCAUAAUUGAUGUCUCGAGUUUGAGAUGGGCGAAUACAAUUUGAGCCUUGAAUUGGGAAAGUAAAGCGUGGGACAUAAGUUCAUCAGAUUGUGUGUGAUACAUCUAUUUGUCCCUACCAUAUAACUUUGGCAGAGAUAUGACAAUACCCUUCUUUGUUGAUCAAACAGUCCCUUCUCUAAUGCACUUUUUUAAGUCUGUUGCUUCACAUGACAUGCAUCCUCUAACUCUUUGUUUGGAUUUAAGGGUGAAAUUAAAAGGAUUUAAAUAGAAUGAAAGGAAAUGAAGAUGAAAUAUUAGCGAAAUUAUAUAAUAUUUAGAUGGAUUGAAAUAUAAAUAAAAAAAAAUACUAUUAACAUUUAUUUGAAUCGUUUUAUUUUCAUAAUAUCAAAAACAAACACGCAGGUGCCGAUUAAUAAGUGGCAACACUAGAAAACAAAUUUUGGCCUAACUCCAUCCCCAUUUCAUCCUAGCUUCAACAAGUAAAGUUUUGAAGUGAUCCAUAGAAAUGCAAUCAUAUCUUUAUAAAACUUCAACUCAUCCAAACCAAAUACAUGGAAUGAGUUGAACUUAAUCAAUUUCAUCCUAUGUUAAUUUUAAUUCUCUAUACUUUAGUAGAAACAAGUAAAGCAUAUAUCUGAAAGUUAUUAAUAUGUUUAUGGUCUCCACCAACUAUCAUAUGAGAUGUAAUUAUAUUCUUUAA